GCUGGAUGUCAUCAUAUCAAGCAAUAUUGGCCUAAAUUUUGUUUGUGGCUCUAAACGGAUGUUUAAAAAAAAAAAAACAACAAAAACCCAAACUGCCAGAACUUUGGUAUGGUAAGGAAACAGAACAGAGGAGGCAAUGAGUGCAUUCAAAGCACCAAUUUUCCAUCUCCUCUCCUCAUCAAAUCCCAACACUGAAACCCUCAAAAACCCUUUGUUAAACCCUGAAACCACCACCAGGCGCUUCCUUCUCUUCUCACUCCCUCUUUCCACUGUUUCCACUCUUUUCAUCCUUCCAAGCAGUACUCCUGGCACUAGAGGUUGCAGUAGUAAGCUUGAGCCCAGCUACAUGAGUGCUUUAGCUGCGAGUUUUAACCCGGUGAGCCAGGCUGAGAGAGACGCCAGCGCCGUCAUUACCCGGAGAGUAUCUGAAGGUGUAGAGUUGUUGGAGAGAGGGAAGGAGUUGCAGGCUCAGGGUGACUUCCCCAAAGCUCUUCAAAUCUUUACCACGGUGGUUGAAAAUUAUAAAGAUUUUGCAUUCUCAGACUAUGCAAGAGUUGGUAGGGCAUUGGCCUUAUAUGAGGUUGGGGACAGAGAGGAAGCCAUUGCAGAGAUGGAGGAUGUUUCAAUAUCUUUAAAGGGAUAUCCAGAAGUACAUGCAGCUCUUGCAGCAGCCUUAUACGUGGACAAACAUGCACCACUGCUAGCGGAAAAUCAGUUUGCGAUUGCAACUCUGCUUGAUCCUCACUUUACAGAUAUCUCAUACGUUGUAGAAACAAAGCAUUGGCCUCCAAGUUUGGUUAGUUCUUUGCAACACUUCAUCACACUUUCGUAGGGGUUCUUGUUAUAUAUCAGUACAUGCCUAGUUAUCAAUCUCAAAAUAUAUUUGAUAAAUUGUUAUCAAGAAUAACCUUUUUCUAGUUUGAAGUUUUAUACUAAGAUAAAUCAUUAUUGUAAUAUUCCAUUACUUUAUGGUUUUGGUGAAAAUCAUACAUGAGAAUACACACAUUCAGCUGAUACAUGCUCUUCCCACUGGUUUUUUUGGCUAAUGUUUUCAUCUGUUGAGGGCGAGGGAAGAAACAUGCAAUUUUAUCACCAUGUUAAAAGGUGAAGACUGGAGAUGUUGAGAUUCUUU